AAAAAAAAAAAAAAAAAAAAUCACUUGGAAAAAUUCAUCAGUUAAACAUUUCACUAUUAAUUCAUAAACACAUUGAGCACUUACAAAUUCAGAAGCGAACAAGUGGUAAAGUGGGUCAGGUAUUUCUCAGUGCUAAAAGUAAACAGAUCCAACUGGCAGGGUCAGACAGUAAACGCUUUCCAUUUUAAAUGUAGUAAUGUCAUUCAAAAGUCAAAAGCUUUGUUUUUAAUUUUGUGUCGUGAAAAGUAGUAUUAAAGUCAGAAUUACUGAAUCAUGCAGUGGAUUUAAAUAAUUUCAGGGCAGAUAAAAGUGUUAGUUGUAUUUAAACCCUAAGAGCACAGUGAAAACCCGGUCAUUACUGAAGUGAAUUGGUCUUUAACAAAUAGAUUGGCUCUUUUUACAUAAAAGAAAACGGCAGGUUCACAAAUCAAUUGUUGGUCUUCUAUGUUAAAAGCUGUAAAAUUGGUUUAACCAUGAGCACACUGAAGGGUUUUAGAGUUCAGUUUUAAAGGUCUUCACUGGAAACUACUAAGCUCUAUUUGCUUAUGGCCUAGUUAGUUAAUUUAAUGUGGGAUCAUGGGAUUGGAUUGUUUUACAGGGGCAUAACCUACUAAAUAUUUGAGUUUAUUUUGUCUUUUUGCUUACAUUUUUGUUUUCUAGAGCACUUAAAUAUACUAUUUUUGGGAUAGGUAGGGGGAUUUAUUUUUUGAGCCAGAAUGAAACAGUCAGGCACUUAUAAUUAUUCCAGUCUAAUCUACUGUGAUGGGGAAGAUGAUGAAUUGUGAAAUUAUUUUUGUCAUCCACUAUAAAUUUAUGGCUAUCGUGUGAAAACGACUGAACUAAAUGUCUCGUGAAGGAGAGCUUUGUGUAUAUUCCAGUUUGACCAUCUUGCACUACUGCUCUGAUUUUCCACUUUGUUUCAUUCCAUUUUUUUGAGGGUGACCCUGAAAGCUCUGAAAAUUUGAGGCGAAACGUAAUGUCUACUGUGAUUGAGAGUUCAAUUGAGAUGUGACAGAGCUUUAUGAGCCUGAGGUUGCAGACCUUCCCAGGUCAGAUGAUCAGGCGUCAGCGGAUGGAGGAGACACUGGCAUCCCGACAGCAUCCUACACAGCAGAAGGAGAAGAGGAGGAAGAGGGAGACAUGCCCGCCGACUUCCAGAGACUUUGGAAACUUACCAGCGAUAAUCCUCAAGAUUUCAACAGCUGGACUGACCUCCUGCAGUAUUGUGAACAAGAGGGGCACAUGAGAGCUUGCCGUCAAGCCCUAAAUGCUUUUCUGCUGAGGUAUCCUCUGUGUUACGGUUACUGGAAAAAGUUUGCGGAUCUUGAGAGACGGGCCGGUCACGUCGAUAAGGCGGAAGAGGUGUGUGAACAAGGUUUAAAGGCAAUACCUCUCAGUGUUGAUCUCUGGAUCCACUACAUCAACCUGCUGCUGGGAACGCUCAACAUGAACCUGCCUGAGUCAACACAGCGCAUCCGCAGUGUGUUUGAGGAGGCCGUUGCAGCCGCUGGAUGGGACUUCCAUUCAGACAGGCUGUGGGAUCUGUACGCUGAGUGGGAGAAAGAGCAGGGCAACCUGAAUUUCAUGACCGGCGUCUACGACCAAGUACUGAGGGUCCCUACUCAGCUCUACAACACACAUUACGAAAAACUGAAAACUCAUCUAACCUCCCACCCACCUCAGGACGUCCUGUCCCCUGAGGAGUACGGUAAGGUGAGGAAUGAGUACAAACAGAGCCAGAUUCAAGCCAAAAAAGAGAGCUCUGAUAUCAGCGCUGAAGAAGAAGAGAGGCCGCCUGGGGAGGAAGAGUCUGCAGACAAUGGAAAGGACUCGGAAGAAGCAGUGCAGAAGAUGCAGGAGCUCCUGAUGAUCAGCAGAGAGGAAUUGUACCAACACAAUGAAACAGAAGUCAGGAAGAGAUGGAACUUUGAAGAUGCUAUUAAAAGGCCUUAUUUCCAUGUGAAGCCUCUGGACAGANAGGCGGCUGUGGAGGGCCAUGAAGGCUCAGUACAAGAGUGUGUAGCUGGGCACAAGAGGGUACUGAUUCUGUUUGAACGCUGUCUCAUUGCUUGUGCGCUCUAUGAGGAAUUCUGGAAUAAAUAUGUGCUUUACCUGGCACCACACGGGCUGGGGGAGGUGCGUGAAGUGUACCGCAGAGCUUGUGAAAUCCAUCUUCCGUACAAACACAGCAUCCACCUUCACUGGGCAUCGUUUGAGGAAAAACAUGGUAAUAUAACAGAGGCACAGCGCAUUCUAGGAUCGCUUGAGAUGACAGUGCCUGGUUUGGCCGCGGUGCGUCUGAGAAGAGUGGGUCUGGAGCGGAGAACAGGACAUUUGGUUGCAGCGGAGGCACUGCUGAAGGAGACUGUGGAGAAGAGUAAAGACAAUCCACAACUUCAUGCCUUCUUCUCCAUAAAGCUGGCUCGCUUUCUUCACAAGCUGUGCAAGAGUCCUUCCAGGGCCCGCACUGUUCUACAGGAAGCCAUAGAGCUGAGUCCGGAUAACGGUAGGUUGUAUCAGAACCUUCUGGAGCUGGAGAUGUCAGGUGACCUGCGGGCUAACGGAGGUGCUGUUCUACAGUGUGUGGCCAAAGCCCUUGCUGCUCCUCUCUCCCCAAAGACCAAAAUCCUUUUCUCCCAACGUGGCUUACAGUUCGCUGAGGACUUUGGGACCACAGUACAGAGUGUGUUGAGCAUGUAUGAGGAGCACCAGAAGCUGCUGAAGGAACAUGAUGCAAAGAGGCAAGCAGAGAAUGGCGAUAAUGAUGAUCCAGAAAAGAUGAGCAAAAUGGAUGAUUCGUCUGCAUUGACGGUGCAACAGACGGCUCCACCCACAAUGCCUCACGUUCCCAUGACAACACCACCUCCCUCUAUGAUGGGUGGAGACACGAGUGGGUCGUAUGGAAGUUAUGGCAGCUGGUACCAGCAACAGUAUGGAGGUUAUGGCAGCUACCAGAACCCAUGGAACCAGUACAAUCAAUACUACCCUCCCAGCUAAGUCCCUUUAAAGACAGAGGUCUGGAGAGCUACUUUAUGUGAUCCACUCACACAUCCUCAAUCCUUCAAAAGCCACAGCAGUGUGUAACCUGAGCCAGUGUCAGAAAUGAGGGAUAAAAUGUGCAA